UGGAUAGAAGACAUGUGCACUGACAGCUACUAACUGCUACCCUCAGUCUCAACAGCACUUCCGUUUGCAUAGUAACCCCUCCCCUCCUCCUGCUGCAUCAAGUUCCCAGGCAGGAACAGCGUUGCUGAGAAACCAGGCAUCCUAAACGGCACAAAGUGCAAGGAGGAGAAACAUGGCGCUUAUACCAUCACAGAUCCUGAGGCUGGCAAUCCUCCUCUCCUACUUUUCAGUGCUUUGCAAUUACAAGGCCAUUGACAUGCCAGCUCACCAAACCUAUGGGGGAAGCUGGAAGUUUCUAACAUUCAUAGACCUGGUGAUUCAAGCAGUCUUCUUUGGGAUAUGUGUACUGACUGACCUUUCCAGUCUUCUGACAAAAGGCAGUGAAAACCAGGAGCAGGAGAGGCAGCUUAAGAAACUGAUUGCUCUCCGAGAUUGGAUGAUGGCAGUUCUAGCUUUCCCUGUUGGAGUCUUUGUGGUGACUAUGUUCUGGACCCUAUACCUCUAUGACCGAGAAUUGGUAUAUCCAAAAUUGCUUGACAAUUUCAUACCACAGUGGCUAAACCAUGGCAUGCAUACUACAGUCUUGCCUUUUAUAUUAAUUGAGAUGAGAACAACAAAUCAUCGAUAUCCCACAAGGAUUGGAGGAUUAGCAGCAGUUUGUACCUUCUCUGUUGGCUACAUUUUGUGGGUCUGCUGGGUGCACCAUGUGACUGGCGUCUGGGCAUACCCAGUCCUGGACUUCAUUAGUCCUGCUGCCAAAAUUAUCUUCUUUAUGACUAUGAUUGCAUUAGUUAACAUCUUCUAUGUUCUGGGUGAAACACUGAACAGCUACAUCUGGGACACAACAAAAUGUGAAGGAAAAAGUACAAAAUCCAAAGCUGAAUAAAGCAGUACUACAAAUGCAAUAGAAUAUAUAUACCAUAAGAAGCUUUACCAACUGAAACUGCAAGCUGGCAAGAGUGGAAUUAUUCCUGCAAAAUCAAAUGCAGAAAGAAGUUUCAUUCCCAGAUAUGGGUGGACGUUUAUUUUUGUAUGGAGUCUGCUAAGAGAUUCUGUUUGAUGUUUAUGUACACCUAUAAUAUCAUGGUCUUUAAGACAGGGACAGGAAAUGUGAUAAAUGGGUAAAAAAAUACAGACGAUGUAAAUGUGUGGGUUAUUUUCUGAAAAGCUCUGUAAAUUAUGGUGUUUGCUCAUAUGUCUACUACCUGCCUUUGCAGGCCAAAUAGCACCUCUAUAAACAGUUUGAUGCACAAUGUAUCUUUAGUAUGAUUUUUGACCCUCUUUCAUACUGUAGAUAUACUACAAUGUGUACUUGACUCAUGAAAUCAUAAAAAAAAAUCAUAUUUAUCACCAAUAAAGGAAAUAAUCUUUCAGCUUCCUUUAAA